AGUCUGAGAGCAGUGGCCCUCUUCCAUUGUUAUUCAACAAUUUUGAGAUCCAUUGGCACUAUUGGUCAUGGCCCAGCCAACAACUUCAAAAGGUUUGAAAGGAAAAUUCCUAAUGAGAUGCACAGAAUGCCAGGAAUGUGUUCAUGUGCGGUCUACAAAAUGCCAGAGAUGUGGGUACAACUUUAAAGCUCGUCGGAUGGAAAGCAAAAAAAAAAUGGAAGAAUCUCUCCUCCUUAUUGGAAAGAAGGUAGCAGAACGAAACAACAUCUCCCGGGCUUACAGAGCCAUUGAGAAGCAGAUGGCAAAAAUGCGUGGUGCUGGGUAUGAAACCGUGUUCAUCUAUUACAAAAAAGGACUCCAUAAAGCUACUCAAGGCAUUUUGCCAGCAGAUUGCCUAACAGCAGCAGACUGUAAAUCAAUAAGCAAUAUCUUCCAUUUGUAUCGCAAGAGGAAGUUGGAGGCUGCAGAAUUAAACCAACUCACAGUUGAACAUAAUGAUUCUGUGACACCAUUGACUAGAGAUUCUAAUGGCAUUGGAUCUGCUAAUGACAAGACAACAGACAUGGAAGAAUCUGGAAUACAGCAGCUAGAUGAUGAUUCAUCAACCCCAGAUAUGGGGGAGGAGGAGAAACCCCCAAAAUUCAGGAAAAUUUGUGAUUUUCCAGGAUUUAAAAAAAAAACAUUGCCAGCCAGGCUUAAAUAAUUAUAAAUGUCAGUCAGGGUAAAGUAAUUAAUGAAGUCAGGAUAUCCUUUUAUUAAGUUUCUAUAAAAACCUCUCUUAGCAAGUGUUUGCCUGUACCAUGAAAAAGUAAUAAAGUAAAACCACUAAUUAAUGCUAAUGCUCUGUGUUUUG